AUGACCGCAAUAAUGUCACAGUAUCCACCCUUGACUCCAGGCUGCGAUAUGAACUACAGAAGCGUUUCCCCGCCAUAUGUGGCUGAGCGUAACGACUUUGGACUUCCAAAGCAGCGCAAACUCAUUUCCACAGGAGGUGGCCGAGCUUGGACGGAGGAAGAGGAAGCAUAUCUUCUGCGGACACGCAGGAAUAAGAUGCCAUACAAGCAUAUCGCUGCGCAGUUGCGCAAGACAGAGCUUGCCUGCCGCCUUCACUAUCAUCAAAUGUCUUAUGGCAGUAACCGUCGCAAGCGUGGUGCGUCAAUCUCCUCGCUCACCAGCUCUGCGUCGUAUACGCCCGGUUCUUCCGUUCAGGAGCUCUCACCGGCGCACACCCCCUACAACAUGACUCCUUUGACUUCACCAUCAACCAGUCCCAAGUCCGCACCAAGCCAAAUGUCAGAGACCCUCUCCUCGCCGCCAUUAUAUCAGGGACCUCAAUUACCACUCCUGCCGAAGCCUGUCCUGAGCGAAGGAAGGCCCGUUCUCCCAAGCCCAUCGAAGUGGUCCAACAGCUUGCAACUGAAUACCGAGAUCAAGCUGCCAUCGGCAUCCGAACUCCUUCGCUCACCACCUAUUGAUCCGAGCCGUCUGAGAGAUCUCUACGAAGCUCACCGAAAGAAUUUCUGGGCACAGAUCGCCAAUCAGUACUCACCAAACUCGCAGAUUUCUGCCACUGAGCUCGAAGGAGCUUUUCUGGCCCGGCAUGGAGCUGAUGGCACCCGAGUAGGACAGCCCCCUACCCCUGAGCCCAGUCCACAAAACAAUGGGCAUCCAACUUUCUGCGCUCCUAUGCUGAACGCGAUCGAGCCACAUGCUUUCAGUGGUUUCAACCCCCUGUCUACGACAAGAGGACCUGGCAGCCCCCCACACUCGGCCAAUAAAUGCACAGUCAAUGCUCUGCUCAACGGGCCAAGCCAUCCAGGCCAAUCGGAGUGA